AUGGGCGCCAACCCAGGUGGACUGGUAGAAACGCAACCAGGGACCAGCUCAGCCUGGUCCAAUACACAACAAUGGACAACAGGCAGUUAUAAUUCACCAACCACAGCCUAUGAACAUACAACAAGUAGAUCAGCCACAACAACAACCUAUGCAGAUACAACAAUCAAAUAUAAACCAAACGAUACCGAUUCAAUUGUUAGCAAAUCCAGUUCAACAGAUGAAUACUAAUUAUCAAAUACAAUUGCUGCUAUUCCAACUACAAAAUCAACAGAUAAAUAUACCAAAACCAAUACAAUUCAGGCCUCAACCCCUUUUCGUUUCAAACCUCUCCAAUAGAGAAUAAAAUUUCAAAAAAACUAAAAGAAAAAAUCUGGUCAUAUGAAUACAUAGAGUUUGAGCUGAUACACAAGGAAAUAGACCUACAAACACGUCAGUUAGGUGGUUUGACUGUAACGCAAAUGUUAGAUGGCUCUGAAGGAAGCCAAAUCUACACAUACAACAGAACAAUAAGAAAAAAAACCACUCACAUUCCCUUAAUGGUGCAAGGCAUUUGCAUCAUAUUCCGCCGUCUAUAUGCAGAAAUUCACCACAUCUGGGCCACAACUGAUGAAACACCUAGCCCUUGUGACAGAACUAUACCAAGAAAAGAAGGGAUGGAGAUACUACGAUUGCAACUUUCGUAAUGAAAGAGCUGAAGGAAAAUGGCCAUGGAAUGUGCUGCACUUCCAACAUUGGACAACUGCAAAAGCAAUGAUCAACAAUGAUAUUACCCAAGGAUCGCAAGAAGAAAAUCGUGAUUUUCGUUUUCCAAAGGGAUGGUGUUUCCAAUACCACAGAGGCCGCUUCUGUAACAACAAAUGCGGUUACAAACACACAUGCCCAAAAUGCGAUGAACAACACAGGGGAUGUUAUUGUACCAGAGAAAGGAGACCAGGUGGUCCCCAAAGACAGUCCAAAGAAGAACAUAAUGAUAGAAAACGUGACUACGAUGGUAACUACUCCAGUAAACGCUAA